GUAGGUGGAGUCUGGAGCCUGCUGGACCUUCAGAUGGGAGGAGGCUCAUGGGCUUUGUUGUUAUAGUGAAGACUCAGCCGCGGUCAGCGUUUUCUCUGACCGAGUCACGUUUCUUCUGUGAAGUUCUUUUUUCACCGGUGCAAACACAGUUGGACAGAAUAAUGCGGAUUUUAGAACGCUGAAAGGAAUGCAGCGAGGAAAGGACGCGGUGAAGGAAACCAUUCUAAGAGAUUUGUACGGCGUCCUGUUGAACAACCAAGAAAAGGGACUCCGUGUGAGCAGGCUAAGAGCACCGUCAAGAUGCCGUGAUGGUCAGCUACAGAUUCCACCCCUUCUGAUAAGUCCUAGACGCUCUGGAUGAACAUCACACUCAGUGCUCAUCCUCUGACCUUAAAUUUAAUUAAGGUCAGACUCCCUCACUUCUGCUGUAAUGGAGAAUCACAUCCUACUGUCCCUCAUUGUGGCCUUGCUGGGGUUUCUGUGUCCAUGCCUGACAAGACUAAUCCCUAGAGUCUCCUUCCCUUUGGGUAGUCCUGGGAGACGUCUCACCCACUUCAGUAGGCAUGAUGUCAGCAACACCACCACACUGCUGCUUGGUGAAGAUGGAAACAUGCUGUAUGUGGGAGCCCGGGAUGCUGUGUUAGCACUGGACGUUGGCCACAAGGAUGCCAUCAUACUAAGGAACAAGCUGGCCUGGAGCCCUUCAGAGAAAGACCUUGAACAAUGUUCCAUGAAAGGCAAGAAAAGGGCUGAUUGUCCUAAUUUCAUACGUGUGCUGCAGUUUUUGAAUACCACCCACCUCUAUGCCUGUGGAACAUUUGCCUUCAGUCCACGCUGCAUCUACAUAAACUCAGAGACAUUGACGACUAGCCUCAAGCCUGAUGAAGGUAGAGGCCGCUGCCCCUAUGACCCCUACCAACGCAACACUGCUGUCACUGUAGAUGGAGAGCUUUAUACCGGGACGGUGGCAGACUACAGGGGGAACCGACCAGUCAUCUCCCGGCAUCUCAGUGAUGGCACUCGUGUUGACCUGAAGUUGGAUGAUACAUUAGGAUGGCUGGAGGAUCCAACCUUCAUCAGUUCCAGUUUCAUUCCUGAUGAGGAGAAAAUCUACUUCUUCUUCAGUGAAGUGGGCAGAGAGUAUGAGUUCAUCGACAAAUUUAUUGUCUCUCGUGUUUCUCAGAUCUGCGUGAGUGAUGUUGGAGGUCAGCGGACCCUGCAGCGACGCUGGACCACGUUUGCCAAAGCUCAGCUCCUGUGUCAGGCUGACAAUGAGCUUCCCUACAAUGUGAUCCAGGACAUAGACACCCUCCCACCAGCAGAGGGAGCUCCUGCAGAUGACACGCUCUUUUAUGGCAUCUUCACCUCCCAGUGGUCUGUCAACUCUGGACAGUCAGCUGUGUGUUCAUUCCGCUUGACUGACAUCAAAUCAGUUUUCUCUGGCAAUUACAAAGUCCUGAACCGGGACACAUUACAGUGGAGCACACGGGUUCAAGAGAAGGUUGCAAAUCCAGGAGAGUGUGGCCUGCACAACGCAUCAGACAAUGCCUUGCGCUUUGUCAAAGAAAACUUCCUGACUGACGACAGUGUGCGGCCAGUUGGAAGAAGUCUAACCUUGGUGUCCACUGAGCACAACUACAGCCAUCUGACUGUCCAGAGAGUCCAGGCCUUUAACAAGAAAGACUACACUGUCCUGUUUCUGCUGACAGAGUCUGGUUACAUACACAAAGCAGUGCUACUGCAGAGUGGAGCCCACAUCAUAGAGGAGGUCCAGGUUUUUGAGCAUCCUCAGCCUAUCAAGAGCCUGAAGCUCUCCGUAUCUAAGCGUAUGGUAUAUGUUGGCACAUCAGAGGGGGUGGUGAGGGUUCCAACAGCCAACUGCUCUUUCUACUGGACCUGUCCUCAAUGUGUUCUUGCCCGAGAUCCCUUCUGUGGUUGGGACUCUGCCAGCAGGGCCUGUGUGGAGGUCUCCAACGCCCAGACCAGUCUAGGCCAGGAUGUGGACAGAGGGAAUGUUGAAGAGGCAUGCAGCAGUGUUUCACUGACGCAUCGAGCCAUAUUUGGUCCAGACAAACUGCCUGCAGGUGAGCUUGUGUCAGUGUCUCUGAAUGAAGUGGUGCGGCUGCAGUGUCCGGCAGUGUCACGGCUGUCCCAGCAGCUGUGGGAACGUCCCAACAGUCGGCUGUCCCCAGACCUGUACCUGCACCUGGAGGAUGGGAGUCUGAGUUUUGUGGCCACCCCCACCACACUGGGCCACUACCUCUGCCUGUCCACUGAGAAUGGUCACCAACAGACCAUGGCCAUCUAUCAUGUCAAACAGAAGAGCAGCCCCAUCGCUCAAACUCCAUCAAGCUACACAUGGCCUCAGAUACACCCCAUACACACCACACAGGCUGCAUCCAGGCUGGGACCUGGGGUUGGACAGCAUACGUCUGUGGGGACUUGGCCUGAAACAACAGAAACAAAACAAGGAGAGACUGAGCCAACACUGUCCAGCAGGGAUGUUGAGGUCACUACUGGACAGCUUGGCAGGAACUUGACAGUGUGGCCAGAGGAAUCUGGACAGAAAGAGUCAGGGUUUCCAAACGGUGAGCCCUGGUUAUCAGCACGAGGCCCCUGCUACCUAAAGGAGCUGAUAGUUGUGUCAGUCCUACUGGUGCUCUGCCUCAGUCUGCUGAUGACCAUGCUUCUGUAUGUCAUAAGACAGCACUGUCACAGCCGAACGGCUCCACAGGCAGGAACUUCAACCAGAGAAUCUGACAGAAGAACCCCUGUGGAGCAGGAGACUCUCAGGGGGAACCAGUUUUUGAGCAAACGUAAUGGACAAGCGUUACAUGGUGGACAAGCAAGUGGGUUAAUUUGUAAUGGGGAACUUGCAAGCUAUAAUGGGCAUUUGCCCAACACACCCAUCUGAACAGUUCCAGACAUUUUAACAGAUGUUACAGAUGAGACCAGAGGGCAGGGGAGGCCAUCCGAGGUACCAGAGUGAGCAGGGUGAUAAGUGAGGGUGUGUUCUGUUUGCACAGCCAGUGAAUACUGUGGAAUCCUACCAUCCUGAGUGAUAAGAUUUGGAUGUAAAAGCUUGAAAGACAAUCUUCCUGUGGAAUUUAAGUGAAGACAGAGAACUGUGCUUCUUUUGUUGUUGACAGACACUAAACACAUUGUCAUUUUCUAUGUGUAUUACAUAGACUGAGACAGAAAGGUACAAGCUGUUCUAGUACAGCUAGUUUUUUAUAAUUGUUGUCAUUAUCAAUGUUAUUAUUAUUAUCUGAUUUUUAUAGAAUAGUCCUUUUUGAUGCAAAGCCAGUGACCUCCAAGUUAUGUAUCUUUUUUAAUGAUGUUUUCAAGAGCUCAUCUAAAACACACAUGAACUGAUAUAUUAGGUUUGUAAAACUGCCUCUCUUGUUUUGGAAAGAGAAGCAUCUGGGCUCGUGGUCUUCAAAUAUCUCACAAUCAGAACACAUUUUAAAAGAAACAUCACUGAUGCCCAGAUGAUGAUCACUGGCAAUGUUUUCCCCAGUCCAGUAAGAAUGUUCCUGUCACACAGAGGCGUCGUAAGUAGGCGUUUGGGUGGUAACCCAUACACACA